AUGAGUGAUCCUGCUCCGACUUUCGAUAUCCCCGAACAUCGUAAUUCCAAGCCGAGAGAGAUCGACAGGGCACAAACAGAGACCCGGAUGCAUCAGGUCGCCACGGAGGAUGCGAUCAAGGCGGGAGCCCUCGACAUUGCGUCGGAAGAGAACAAGCUGGUGGUCGAGACUGCGCCUGCCGAUGUCAUAGCUGUCGCCCAGAAACUCCAAAACAAAUUGGGAAUCCAGUUGGAAGAGGCACAAGUGGUGUGCAUGCCCAAUAAGGAUUCCAUGAUUACCCUGUCCGCAGAACAGGAGCCAGAGAACAAAUCUACCUACGACGCCAAUUUCGAGCAAAACACGAUUGAUAGUGGAAACUACCCAGCAGGCUAUCAGUACGAAGACACACAGGAGCAGCGAGAACCGGAAAAUAUCGACGAAAUCCAAGCCGUCAAGAGACGGAGCUUAGGUCCCAGCUUGGAAGCUCCCUCUUUCGAAAUGAACCCUUUUGCAACCCCGAAGGCGAACGUCGCAUCGCCCGGGUCACCUUACUACCAACCAAAUAUCAUCUCAACCUCGUGA